UCGCGUCGAAGCCGAUUCGAAUCCAAGCCAGACCAAUCUGUUUUGAUGUGGCUGUUGCAUUUUCGGUUCAAAAGGACCUCGCACGACUUAUCGAAAAUUUUCUGCUCGUAGUUUGUGAAUAUGUUUGCGUUGACGCCGCUUUUGGGCAGCGUUACAUUCGCAUUCGCCUUGGGCCUCGAAUUUACUGCCGCCGACGAGAAAUGCUUGAUCGACGGCGGCUACAACUAUGAAAGUUUGUUCAAAUCUGUGUGGAGGGCAGAAAUAAAGGGGCACUGCUUAAGACCGACAAACACCGAUUGUUCCUGGUACUUUCAAUUCUGCAAUGAGGUGCCCGUCAACCCCUGUGGCAUCGGGCAUGCGUGCGAGGUCAAUUCCAGUGGUUUGGAUCCACUCUCCAUAGGAACCUUCCAGAAACUACUUCCACUGGACCACUCAAGCUUCGCAGUGAGGUUUGAAGAGCCCGUUGAAGGGAGCCUGGUCAAUGUAACCAAAUGCAAAGAUAAGAAAAUCAUGGUCAACAUGAUCUUUCGUUGCGACACGGAGAAGAACAUUGUCGUCGGGCCAGGAGCCGAGCUAACAAAGCUCGAUUACACUCCACUCAUCGUUUCUACGGACUGCGAGCGCAACCUCACGAUCCCGUUUUCUGGUGCCUGCAUACCGGAGGUGCCCACUGGUGGUCUCAGUGCUGGAUCCGUUCUGCUAAUCCUGUUCUUCAUUGCGCUUCUGGUGUACCUGGUUGGCGGUAUCCUGAUCAACCACAACAACGGGGCCCGUGGCUGGGAGAUGGUGCCCCACCACCAGUUCUGGAGCGAGCUUCCUGGACUCUGCGUGGAUGGCUGCGUGUUUUUCGUCAAGUACAUCACCUGCCAAGGCGGCCCGGUGAACUACGGUUUGACUGGAGGAGGCGGGGGACACAGGAGCUACGACAACAUCUGAACAUCCGCUCGUCCCAUUUGAGAAGACAGAAAAGAAAAUUAGGAAACUAUCAAACCGAUUGUUCGUACACAGGUGUAAAGGGUGUCGGGCGAAACCAAACUUGUGUCCUCCGGUGCGAUGAUGGCCACGGUUGCGAGGCGUCCAGUUCGCACAUCUCUGCAGGUUCACUCGUGAUAUCGUGUUUGUGCUUUUUGUUUUUGUUUUUAAUCCAAGCACCACUCACCAACCCAUCUCGCAGCAUCCGCACCAAUUCACACGCAAGUUUGGCCUGUGAGCUGAGAAACUUUGUUCGACGACAAGAUACGCACUUUACUUUGGAGUUUUUUCUGCAUUGAAUGGAGCACUGGAAGAAUGUUGAAUUAUUUAAUGUAAAAUACUAUAGUGAAUCUCGCAUAUGUGACCCUGUGAGAUUAAGUGCCUUGCCACACAUAGGUUCUUUCUCUUAACACGCAAAUAUUCGCAGUAGUAUAUGUAGUAGUGUUCUGUUUAACGGCAUUUUUUUCGAUAGACUCGUUUUUUUUUUGUUGUUUAGCGUCCUCGGGAUGAUUCAAAGUUGUGCAAUACUGUUUGUUGUUGUCUUGUGUGUAUGCGCGUAUGCUGUUUUUUAUACAAUCGUUGUGGUGUAUGGUAACUGUGGCGCUCGACUGCGCAUAAUUCUCGGAAGGUGAUCCAUCAAGUGACUCUCGUGCAGUCAAGCUGGUUCCUAGGUCUUGUCAAGCUGUGUGCCACCUCCGGUGUAGUGUUAUUUGCUAGUGUGACAGGAAAUAAAAAACAUUGUGUUACUUAAAGUGGAA